AUGUCAUCCGUGCUCGCUUUCAAUACGCGUCAGUUUACGUGGUAUAUCGAUGUGGUGCUAGUUCUGGGAAUAACCCUGGCUUACCUCGUGUCCGCGAGUAAUAGCAGCAAAUCUUUGCCAGUUUCUAUUUUUGACCAGCGAAAACAGAAGGAUAGGGCAAUUGUGCCGACGGUAUGCUGGGAGGAAUCCCCACAUUCUAUAUACGAAUAUCUCAUCGAGAGAUUCACCGUUGUUGUCCAGGGACCAGCGUUGCCAGGGCGGCUCAAUUGGAGGUUGAACUUAAGCCGCAAUUGUUCCUCGAUACGCGAUCUUUUUAGCUUUUGGCGUCCCGGCACCGUGUCAGGCGCCGGAAAAAUCUCGGCAGUUGGGCCCGGAAAAGGGAUAGCUGGGGCUCACAGCGCUUCCGUCGUGUGGGCAUAG